AUGCACGAUGCUGCCCAAAAAUCCCGACUUACGACAUCACUAUUCACGACUGUUGCCUUGUUUGCCGUGUUCACAGUAGCCGCGCAAGGUCUAUUGCCUUGUCCGGCUAUUGAUGAUGCUCAAAGACGCGCAUUGCUAGAAGAACGAAGUAGGUUGCGUCGUCGAUUACAAGAACAAAAUGAUUUAAAGAGGGAGAAAAGUGGUAGUGGUCAGGAAGGGAAUGAGGAUAAGAAAGUCGUGGUGGUGGUGAUGCCGAGGCGUAAUAAUAUUUCGAUUAAUGAAUGA